AGGAACGCGCCCUUCCCCCGUGCAAACUUUCAGUCGCUGCGACGGAAGCAGGAACUUGAUCACGACAAAAAUCUGCGGGGCCCAUGCGGGAGCUGCGGAGCAUCCUCCGCGACCCUUUCCAGACCCUUGCACGCCUCGACGGUCUUUAAGCGCCACGGGGACCACAAGAAAGAGUAACCUGUACAAUUUUCCUGAAGUAAACUGAGACAAGAAGAGUCAUCCUUGACCUCUGAAGAAAGACCAAGAUCAACAAGCAUCCAGAAUGCUCUUCCAGGAAGAGCAGAGCUUGGCUUAUACUUUGGUGGUCAUUUGCUUCCUGACACUAAGGCUGUCUGCUGGUCAGAAGUGCCUCACCGAGAGUCUAGAGGAUGUUGUCAUUGACAUCCAGUCUUCUCUUUUAAAAGGAAUCAGAGGCAAUGAGCCCAUCCAUACAGUAACCCAGGAAGACUGCAUCAGCACCUGCUGUUCAACACAAAACAUAGCGGGGGACAAAGUGUGUAACCUCAUGAUCUUCGACACCCGGAAGACAGCCGGACAGCCCAACUGCUACCUGUUCUUCUGUCCCAGUGAGGAAGCCUGUCCGCUGAAGCCAGCAAAGGGACUUAGGAGCUACAGGCUCGUCAGAGAUUUUCCAUUGACCAGAGUUACUUCCCCACUCCAAAAGUUAACACAAGAAGAAUCUCCCUUAUUUGGCCAUACCUCGCCAGCAGUCUCUUCCCGAGUCCAUCCUCCCACGGGUUACCCGGAGCCCACCAGCCUGUUUUGGAGAGAUGUAUCUUCUCAGAGGCCUACCUCUUUGGCUCACUCACAGAACCUCAUCAAGAUCGACGAAGCGAGUACCCAUCUCCCUGUUUACAAAGAAAGAAGCCAUUCUCCGAGUAUACAGCUUUCCUCAGAACGAAACAUGGCUCACCUGCUCCCUACAAAUGCAACCCCCCCUUUCACCACCGUGACUGUUGCUUCUCUCCAUAAUGUCUCUGCCACUCGGGAGCCUGCGCUUCUCGUGGCCAGCGCGUCAGUGAAAUCCGUGACUUCACAGCAGAUGGCGGUCACCACAGCUCCACCUCUAACCACCGGGAAACGCCCUGCAGCCCCCAUGUCUACAAGUGUUACACAAGCAGUCACUCACCAGGCAGCCCUAAGUGCCGUCUUUCAGGCCCGUACCUACUCAAACCGCAUCAUAGAAACAGCGCCCUUUCGAGGAGGCUCCAAGCUAACCUCAGACAUGGUGCAUGGGAAAAGCUCUGUGGUCCUUUCUCUGUCAACCUCAGGGUCUCCCGUUACGAGCGAGACUGCUUCCAGGGAGACUGGAAAGGUCAGUGUAGGCAGUUCAUCACUGAGCAAGGUUUCAAAAAGCCAGCAUGGCCUUUCCUUUGAGAAGUGGCUUCUCAUUGGGACGCUCCUCUUUGGUGUUCUGUUCCUGCUAAUAGGCCUCGUCCUCUUGGGUAGGAUGCUGGCAGAAUCCCUCCGUAGGAAAAGGUAUUCGAGACUUGACUACUUGAUCAAUGGGAUCUAUGUUGACAUUUAAAGAUAAAUUGAGCAUCUCUUAGUUUGUGUAAUAACUCGUUGCCAAAUGCACCUGUGUUCCGUCUGUCCAGUUUGUCUCAGUAGAAACUGUAUCUAGAAGGAUGCCUCUACUAUUUUCCUUCGUUUUCUUUUCCUAUUUGAGACAGGCUCAGGUAGCUCAGACUGGUCUUGAACUCCUCCUCUUCCUGCCCCUGCCCUCACUCCCAGUUCAGGGAUCACAGGUUUUCACUACUAGGUCUGGAUUUUUAAUUAAAAAAAUUAAAAUUCUUUUGCAGCACUAGAGGUCAAAUUCAGGGCUUUCUGCGUGCUAGGCCCUUCUUGUGCUCCUUUGAGCUAAAUCCCAGUCCAAGCACUUUCUUUUUUGUUUGUUUGCCUUUUUGGGUUUUGUUUUUCAGAAGAAGAGAAAGGAUAAAAAAAAAAAAAAAAAAAAAAAAGCUAGGUUGUCUGAGUGGCUUAUCUGUAAAAUAGUAGCUGAAAAUAAUUCCUAGUUGAAAUAGUAAGUGUAAGUGUACCUAAAUAUAAACUAGAGACCUGUAUCUGAGCAUAAGUCUAGGCCAUCUGAGUUGCAAUUCCUUGCGAUUUCUCAUCCCAGAUAAUGGCGACUGUUUGAUACUAGUUUUAAUGGAUUCUCUCUUCUUUUUUUUAUAUGGAUUCCAAUAAAACUCAUUCCAGAUGUAUUUCCCUCCAAUUAAAUAUUU